UAAAACAUGGAGAUUUAAAUGACAAAAUAAACACUAGGUAUACAAGAUUUAAAUUUUACUUUCACUGAAGAACGUACAGGUUGAUAAAGUUUGUUUUCCACUGUACAGAGAUUUUUAGGUUUAACUAUUCUAUGUACCUAAAAGACGGAAUGGAGUUGGAGCAGACUGAACUGGUCAUUCCACAACAGUACCUAUGUUGUCCUAUUUGUGAAGAGGAAUUCAAACAACCCAAGUUUCUUCCAUGUCUUCAUACUUUCUGCAAUCCAUGCAUAUCUGGACAUAUUGACAAAAAUAUUGAUGAAGAUAAUUACUUCCCCUGUCCAGUGUGUGCUACGGAAAUAAAGAACGAACAAGAUGCUGCACCUUUACCAGAGAAUAUUCUUGCCAGGAGGCUUUCAAAAGUGUCUAGUUCAACAAAUCUUAAACCUCAGACACUUUGUUGGUUCUGUAAAAAUGCUGGAAACUUUGUUGAUGCUGUAACUUUUUGUGAUGUGUGUCAAAAUGCUCUUUGUCCAACAUGUACAGAAUCCCAUCAAACAUCAGAGGAAACAGAUAACCAUAGUCUGAUUUCAAUUGAUGAGUAUGAUGCCCGUGUGGAAAGCAAACAGGAGGAAGGAUUUGCUAAAAAUAGUCAUGUGAUUCCAAAGUGCUGUGAACUUUAUGAUGCUAUGGAUAUUGGUGCUGUGUUCUGUAUUGACUGUGACUUGCUCAUUUGUGCCGACUGCCAUGUGAAUAACCAUGGCAACCAUCGCUGUGCAGAACUGACAACUGUUGCGGGACAUUUUGAAAGUAAGAUCAAAGAUCCAUUGGAAGAAUUAAAUGAUGACGAGAAAGAAUUAGAUGAAGCAUUACUCAGACUUGACAAAAGUGAAGAGGUCAUUCAAAACCAAACAAAAGAACUGCAUAAAGUUGUGAAAAAACGAACAAAGUUUUUGUCAGACUUAAUCACAGAGUAUGAAAAUAUGCUAAUUGAAGAAGUUAACAAACGAAAUACUCAGAAAAAGGAUGAAAUAGCAAAUAGGCGAUAUGAUAUCAAGAUGCAUUUGAAAUCUAUUAAUGGGGUGAAAGAAUUUACAGAGAAUUUAUUGAGUUAUGGUUCUUAUGAAGAAAAGGUUUUCCUACGCAAGAAAGUUGGUUAUCGAAUUCGUGAACUAUGUGAAGAAACACUUGGCACAGAUGAAGUUGAAACGCUGACAAUUAAAUUAACAAAACCAAACGUUACUGUGGAAACAAUAUGCAAUUUGUUUGGAGAAUUGUCUGAAAAAGGAACAGAUACAACAGAACAUCGUAAAGAUUCAAAUGCAAAUAUCUAUCACCUAAAUUUGGAAAAUGGCCAUGGUAGUCAUUGUAGUGAUACUGCUGAAAAUACUGAACCGGAACUAGAAGAAAUAUUCAACCAAGCUCAAGAAACCCAGUACAACAGUGGUUCAGACUCAGACAUGCUCAGUGCUAGCAACAACAGUGAGAAUUUCAGAAAUGUUAAAUUCAGUGAAGAAAUUGAAAAGACAGAAUAUGAGACUGAAAACUGCUUUGAAUUAGGAGACCCUAAAAAAGAAACAGAACUUCCAGCCGUCAUUCAAAGAGAGUGUAUAAAAGGGAUUGGAAUUAAUAGCAAAGGAGACAUGAUCAUUGGUACAACCACAACUGGUUCCCAAAUGGUCUAUGUCCUUGAGAAAAGAGGAAUUGUCAAGGGAACAGUACAUGUAGACAAUGGUUGGAACAUUCACUCUAUUUCCAGUGAUGGAAAGGUUGCCAUGACAAUUCCAAGGGGAGACAACAGAUUCAAGGUGAGGGUGUUAGAAAAUGACGGAACUGGACACAUACUUUCGGACAGCAAUAUUGAGAGUUUUGGUCUAAAUUUUGUAACUGCAGACAAUAAAGGCAGUAUCAUAGUCACUUCAAACCGUUAUGCUAAGUUGAGAAGUCAUCAUGGAAAGUCAGCUAAGUCGGGAGGAAAUAUAGCUUUUUAUAGUAAAGACGGUCUUCUCACAAAAAGAAUUACAAAUGAUGACUUUCAUGAAUUUGGACUCUACUUAUUAGAGAAACCGCAGUGUGUUGCUGUCGACAACAAACACAAUCUGUUAGUUGUGACUGAUCCAGGGAGCAAUACCGUCAUAGCAUUUAAUCUUAAGGGAGAAUUAAUUUUUGAAUAUGGAAACAGUGACACAGAGGGAGAAAUUUAUCAGGGGCCAGAUUUAAUAAGUAUUGACAAGUACGGAAACAUUAUCGUGACGGACAAACGAGAGGGUCGAAUAGACAUCCUGAGCAGCAAAGGCCAGUUAAAGAAAUCAUUUCUUUUAGAUGACAUUCCAAGAUUUGUGGGAACAUUACCAGAUAAACUUCUUGUGAUUGUGAUGCCAGAAGGUACCAUGAAAUAUUAUGAGUAUCUCUGACGCAGUUACUGUAUUUUAUUUGUUAUUCAAUAGUGCCAUUUCCAGUCUUUCUCAUAUUGUGAUUACUAGUACAUUUUAUAUUGUUACUUUAUUAUUAUAUUUUCACUUUUACCAUGAUUGCAUGCAUUGUUUUUUAUUCCAUCUGAUAUACUCAAGAUUAUGAUAUUAGAUGAUAACACAAGAAAAUGAAGAAGUCUGUAAACAAUGAUUACCAUGGAUAUAUGUUUAGUAUAAAAUUAUAUUAUUAUAAAGAAGAUCAUGAUAGAGAAGGGAAAAAAUAAUAUUUUGAUACUUUUUAAAUUUUUAUUAUCACUCAGUGUACUCACAAAAUUGAAAUUAAUAUUAUAUGGAUAAAUUAGUGAAAGAAAACAUCUGCUUGCAAAAUAUUUUAUUCUUCUUUUACCCUUAGAUUUUCUGAAAGUACCAUUAUCUUGCCAUGACAUAUCACAUGGAAUGGAAACUUGACGUGACAUAAAUGCAUAAUAAGAGUAUAUAGGUCAAACUUAAAGAAAACAUUCUUAGUAAACUUGAUCGCAAUUUUCUGCUUGAUUAAUCUAUUUAUACCACAUGUUGAUAUAAAGGAAUAUACUCUUGAAAUUACACAAUAAAUUUCUAUUAAAGGCGGUCUAUUUUACUAUGCUAUAGCUUUUUAGGUCAUCACACUUUCACAAUGGCUAAAUUAUUGUCAAGUCGUGUGAUUUAAUCCCAUAAAAGAUCAAUUUCCAUUUAAUAGUUCCUUGUUUUAUAAAACAACAUGACAAAGAAAUCCCAUGUCAGGAAAACUUUACGAUCUAAAAUGUCAAUAUUUUCAAAAGAAUUUUUAAAAAGUCAAAUGAAAGUAUUAAGCUUUCAGCUGUUUUCCGGCUUAAUUCCUACAAAAUUGAAAACAACUCAGGCCAUAUACAUUUUAUUUUAGGUUUUUUUUUGGAACACAAGGGAGCUAAAUAUAAUGCAAAAUUCCAUUCUUAUUUUUUUAAUAAAAAGACCAUUCAUUGACAUGUCUAAAAUGCUUUUAUAUUUUCAUCUAGAUAAAUUUCCAAAUAAAGCCUCAAUUUUAUAAAAAUAGAAAAGAAAAAAAAAAUCAGCAACAAUAUCUCCCACCCUUUCCCACCCAUCCCCUGAAAAAAUUUAAUCCUAAACUAAUGCUGGCUUUUUUUCAAAGAAUGAAAAAUAAAUUGAUCAUGAGGCCUUAUAUUGGAUUUUUUUUUAAUGAAGUUCAAAGACAUCACCCUAAUGUCCAUGUUUCAUGUUUAGAACAUCAAAAUAAACAAAAGAAUCUCCUGGGUGUUUUUAAUCUCAAAGAUAAAAUCAACCUUCUUUCUACUUUGUAAUUUUCAUCAUCAAUAGGUGAUAAUUCAUAAUGGACUUAAUUUAUCUAAAACAUUCAUCUCAGGGAAAAAUCAAUAGAAAACACAAAAAAACUAACUUAUAUAUAAAAUAUUCUAAUUAAGUUUGUUUCCUUAGACAGGGAAAAAAAUUUAAAAGCGAUGCAGAAUAUCAAAUAAAUUAUUGAUAAAGACCAGUAAAAGAUUACAUGUGUUACCUUCAUUUGUUAACAUUUUUUUAAAAAUCUAAAUAUGAGUUGACUUAGAAUGCUUGCAUUGAAGCCAGGUAGAGCGUAGUACUGAAAUCUGAAUUUUAUGGACACAUUUUCAUGGAAGACUAUUCAUAGAAAUUGUUUAUGGUAGUUUUAUUUCUGGUGAAUCUAAUUCAUUUACAAACAUCAAACAUUAAACUGAGUUAAAACAAAGAAUAAUGUGUCAAUUGCAAGACAAACGUGAAAAAUUAGUCAAUAGAUUUCAUAAAAGGACAUACUAGAAAUGACAGAGCAAAUAUAUCCUUAGAAUCUUAUUAUAAACAGAAAUGUAAUAGUGUUUUUAUUUGUUGCAUAUCUUCUUUUAAAGUAUUGACCAAAGAAAUUGACAGCAUGUAUAACCUAGUUUAAUUAACUUUUUUCAUCCUUAAAAUUCCCUGUAGUUGGUAUUGUAUUUUUGUUUGUCAAACUUUUCAUUAAAAAUAAAUUGAUUGGCAGGAAUUUGUCAGUUUAUCCAUAUCUUGGUUUAACCUACACCACAUAUCUUUACCCAAAUCUAGUAAAAUUUAGAGCAAUCUUAUUACCUUAGUCUGGUAAAAUUUAGUUCAAACUCAACCAUAUAGCUGUAACCAAAUAUGGUAAAGAAAGGUCUGCAGAUUGCAUGUAAAAAUAUAUCUAGACAAACAGAAAAGGUUCUUUGUUUCAUAGUCAAAUAUGUUCUGUGUAGAAUGAGCAAAAAUCUACCAGCUGUUUUCAACCUCAAUGUAAAAAAAAGUUCUAUUAUGAAAUUGUCUGUUAAUUGCCAUUAAACUAAACAUGUUCUGAAAUCUAAAGCUUUUCAAAAGCUACAAAUAUUUAAUGGCCUACCAGACAUACUAAUCUGUAUUCCCAAUAAUCUAUAAUGUAAUUUACAAAACUAUAACUGUCAAUUUUUACCUUGAAUGUUAUUAUCUCAGUCAAAAUUGACUUUCAAUCAUUGAUUUCACUGUAAUUAAUAUAUCAACUUAUAGCUUCCGACAUAAAAAAAUCCAUGGUUAAUCAUCCCUUAACGAGUUUCGGAAAUCUAAUUUUGAUAAAAAGUUGUUUUAAUUACAUCGAAAUUGAUCUGGUUACAUGUAAAAUGAUUCAGAAGAUUGACUUGACCCUUUUAAGUUCAUCAAUCUGACAUUUAGCUUUCAGUUAUGAAAAUGUCCUUCAAUAUAGUUUGAAGGUCGCUAGUUCUCCUUGGAUACUUACGUUUUCUCGUAAAAUAAUAAUUUUCAGCCAUGAUAUAGCAAAGACUAUAAAUAGAUAUAGCUAUGGAACAAAUGUGGGAAGGGCCUUGAACAUUUAGUCAAUGUAAGUUAAACAAAGUGGAUGCUACUGUAACAAUAUAAUUGUAUGAUGUUUUAUUCCUUUCCCUUCGCUCGUGUCAAAAAGCGAUACUGUCUUCCAUACUUGCAAGUGUUUUGUGAAAUGAAAUAUGGAAAAUGUUAUCAACAUGGAGAACACUUUUAAACAAGUACUAGUAUAACAGAAAAAGAUGUGUGCACUUUUAUAUCUAGAAGUUAACGUAUAUAAAAUUUGCAGUAAAAAAAACCCUUAAUGACAUCAAACCUAGUUCCAAAUGAUAUAAAUAAAGAACAUUUAUUCUUCAUUCUGAUAUUUAAAAUGCUUUAAGACAUUUGUUAUUUUCAUAUUUCAUUUUCAUGUCUUUGUAUUACCUAUUUAGAUAUUUUUAAACAUAGUUGUUGUCAGAAAUUAUUAUUUUUCAACGUUUUUAUGUGAAUGAUUGUUGUCAUAAUUAUUAGUUUUUUAACAUUAUGAUGUGAAUGUAACUGAAAAACAGUGAGGCCUGUAUAAAUCAACUUCCAUAUGAACCAGAAACCUGUCUAAAUCAUCCGAUGUGUGAACAAGAAACCUGUCUAAUACAACCCACUGUCUUAAACAACCCAUGAGAACAAGAAAACAGUCUCCAACGAUGAGAUCCAGAAAACAUUCUAAACUGCACUUUUGUGUCAUAACACAUCUUUGACAUCUUUGUAUUUAGUUUAUUCACAGUUUUUAUAAAGACUUGGGUUAAUCUAGAGCUUAAUAUACUGUUAAGACAGUCGUCUAUUGGUAGAGUUCUAUAUAUUAACCUCUACAGUCUACAUGUCCUGCAGAGUUGUGUCACUGGAUGGAUGCAUAUUUGACAUAUACCCCAAUCUUAUUUUAUUUUUAAACAAAAACUCUGUGAUUAAACAUUGUUGUAACUCAAAUUAUACAAUCACCUGCUUAAUAUACCCUGAUGCUUCACUCAUAAUGGGAUUGUUUUUAUACAGGCUUCACUGUACUUGUCAGUUUCUUAUUAAGUUAUUUAAGAUUGUUAGUAUGCCUAAUUGCAUUUACUUAUCUGUGAUAUUUUUAAAUGGUCAACUAUAUUAAAACUAUGAUUAUCUUACAGUUCAUUUUUUUCAUCAUCAAAUAGUAAAAUAAUCAGUCGUAUUGCAAGCAUUGAAUUAAGACAUUUUUAAUAUAACGGAUAUUACUUAUAUUUUUACCAUAGCAAACACCUAUUUUCCACAAAUACCAGAUAUUUUUAUUAAUGAAGCUCAUUUUCAAAAUGUUUGGCCCCUUUAAUAGUAGUCAAAAUUAGUAUCUAAAAGUAUAACAAAACAAUCAAAACAAACAAACAAGUAAACAAUGUUUAAAUUCCAUCCAAGAAAACCAGGAAUCAAUAAAUUGAUAUCUAAUAAAUAUCAGGAAUUUUAUUUCAUUUUCCCAUAAUGCAACAAAAUUCUGUAUUUGACUGUAGGGACUGAUCAAUUGACCAUUUCACCAAGUUAAACAAAACUGUUUACGUUAUUAGUUGUGAUAUUUUAAACUGUUUUAGUUAGAUUUAUCAUUAAAAUUCAAUACAAAUAUA